GUCAGUACCUUUGACUGGCAGUAGGCCUAAAGUGCAGGGAUGAAAAAUUCCUUUUCCCUUCUUUGAAAUUGAAAUCUCAAGAUUACGAAGCUCGACUCUUUCACUUAUUCUACACACUCUCCUUCUCAAGGCAAAAGCCGAGCAGCGGUAGCGAAGAUUGAGUCAGAUCGGAAGAGGAAAAAUUCUCGAUCUCAUCGGCAGAUCGAAAGCCGUCAACAACAGCAGCAAGAGAUAAGAGUCAUAAGAAAAAGCCUAAAAUGUCGUCGACCAAUCAGGUUAGGGCAUCUCACAUCUUGAUCAAGCAUCAAGGCUCACGAAGAAAGGCAUCGUGGAAGGAUCCAGAAGGUAGGGUCAUCAACAACACCACCAAAGACAGUGCCAUCUCUCAACUCAAAGCUAUCCGCGAAGACAUCGUCUCCG